CGUGCUGCUUGGCUGCUGGUAAAACAGGAAAUGGGAAAACUGGGCCCUUCCUUGGCAAAGGAUGACAUUGUUCAGCUGAAAGAAGCUUAUAAGUGGAUUAUUCAUCCCCAGUUGUCAGAAGAGUUUUUUUUUCGGAAAGGUGUCAGUUUGUUUGAAGUUAGCGUGGUCUUUGCUCACCCAGAAACAGACGAGGAGUGCCAUUUCCUAGCCACGGCCUGUCCAGACUGUUUCAAACCAGCGAAGAACAAACAGUCUGUUUUCACCAGAAUGGCAGUUAUAAAAGCCCUAGAGAAGAUAAAAGAGGAGGAUUUUCUCAAGCAUUUUCCAUGUCCCCCAAGUUCACCAAAGAACCUCUGCGUUGCUCUGGAAAUUCAGUGCAAUAAUGGUGCAGUUUUUGUGGCUGGAAGAUACAACAAAUAUUCAAGGAAUUUACCUCAGACUCCCUGGAUUAUUGAUGGGGAGCGGAAGCUGGAAUCUUCAGUGGAAGAACUGAUUUCAGAGCAUCUAAUGGCAGAAUUCAAAGCAGAUAGCUUUAAUUUUUCUUCGUCUGGAAGAGAAGAUGUGGAUGUAAGAACACUAGGCAAAGGAAGGCCCUUUGCAAUUGAGCUUGUGAAUCCUCGUAGAAUACAUUUUACUGCUGAGGAAAUGAAGGGACUUCAGCAGACAAUUAAUAACUCUUCAGACAAAAUACAGGUUCGAGAUUUACAGCUUGUCACCAGAGAGGCAAUUGGUCGUAUGAAGGAAGGUGAAGAGGAAAAGACAAAGACCUAUAGUGCCUUAAUAUGGACAGACAAAGCAAUACAGAAAGAAGAUAUUGCAUUUCUAGAUGAUAUCAAGGAAUUAAAACUUGACCAGAAGACACCUCUCCGGGUUCUUCACCGAAGGCCUCUAGCCGUAAGAUGUCGGAUCAUUCACACCAUGCAAUCUGAGUACGUAGACGAGCAUCAUUUUCGCCUGCAUCUGAAGACUCAAGCAGGAACCUACAUUAAGGAAUUUGUGCAUGGAGACUUUGGAAGAACAAAGCCCAAUAUUGGCUCCCUACUGAACAGAACUGCUGACAUUCUGGAGUUGGAUGUAGAAUCUGUUGAUGUUGACUGGCCUCCAACCCUGGAUAAUUAA